AUGUCAUGCCGCUGGCUAAUUCAUGUGAAUCGUCGGCUUGCUAGUUUUGGUGAUUUGGUCACAAACUAUGGAGGCUGUGUAUUUUUGGUUUUCAUGUUGAUGUCUGUUUUUUACGUCGGAUUGAAGCUAUCAUGUUACGAGACACAGCAGCACGACCAUUGCAAUCUUGUCAGUAAAUUUGGAGUGCUGAUUAUUAUAGAAAUAUUAGUCAACCUAGUGCUAUUCCAAUAUUACUCACGUCAUAACUGCGUAUCUCACUGGCAACGGCAAGCAUGUGUAGCUGGUUUGUGCAGAAAUGCAAUAAACAUAGACGAACUAGUAUGGUUAGAAGAGGAUGAGGAGGACAUUGAUCCAGCGUAUUUCUCACGAUUUUGCAGUGUAUGCAAUCGCGAUGCUCCAAUUCGAAGCCACCACUGCCCUAUUUGUAAAAUUUGUGUUCUUCGGAAAGAUCAUCAUUGCUUUAUUACUGGCGCUUGCGUUGGACUCGGAAAUCAACGCUAUUUCAUCACUUUCCUUUUUUGGUGCUGUGUAGGACUCAUAGUCGGUGCCCGGUACACUUCAGCAUAUUUAUAUCAAACCUCAUCCGAAGGCUUCCCAUUAGGGUUCAUGUAUUGUGUUGGUCCAGUUGCCGUGAUACGAUGGAUCAUGGGUUAUACAACUUUUCUACAUGCCUUUGUGUGUACAGUAUUUUCCUUCAUGCUUGCUAGUAUAGUAGCAGCUGGAGCAUUUUUUGGAAUGCAGAUUUAUUACACGAGCUAUGGUUACACAAUGUAUGAGUAUCAUAGCAGUGUAAGGGACGCGUUCGACGGUGAUGGUGCAACCCUUGGUGAGAGGUUUCGUCUGAUUUUUGGACGGUACUGGUUAGUAAAUUUCUUGUUUCCACUCUGCUGGAAUCCUCAGCUCCUCACCACUGAAAUUGCGACGAACCUUUUUCGUGUAAGAAGUAAACAGCUUUAG